AUGGGAUUCGUCCGUGAUGUGCCCGGUUACCCCAGGUACAGGUAUGCAGGCGACGGUGCCAAGGGUGAACAUCACCUUGUCAUCAAAGGCGUGACACUCCAGGACGACGGCGAGUACCAAUGCCAAGUAGGACCCACAUCCAAUGCGUCAGCCAUUUGGGUGGCGGCGAACCUGACAGUAUUGGUCUCGCCGGGCAGCAUCAGCAUCGGAGGGCUUGGCGACGGCGAGAAGCUGGAGGUAAAAGCAGGACAGAGGCUGACGCUGGACUGCGUCGUGAGGGACGCUCGACCUGCGCCCUCCGUCACCUGGUACAGAAGUGGCCUUAGGCUUGACUCUGCUCUACACGAGGAGAAGGUGUUCCGAUCCUCGCAAGGGAGACGGUGGAGUGUGAGGAGCUCCCUGAGGCUUAUGCCGAGUAGUGAGGACGACGAGAGGCAGUACUCCUGCCGCGCCCUCCAUCCCGCGCUCGAGGGUUCGCCCACGUCGCUCGUGGCCUCCGUCGUCCUCUCCGUCUUGCCUCUACACGAGGAGAAGGUGUUCCGAUCCUCGCAAGGGAGACGGUGGAGUGUGAGGAGCUCCCUGAGGCUUAUGCCGAGCAGUGAGGACGACGAGAGGCAGUACUCCUGCCGCGCCCUCCAUCCCGCGCUCGAGGGUUCGCCCACGUCGCUCGUGGCCUCCGUCGUCCUCUCCGUCUUGCACCCUCCACGACUCCCAGAAAUCCUAGGAUACAAAACGGGAGAAGUCUUGCUGGAAGGGGAACGACGUCUUCUCACCUGUAUGGUUGACAGUGGAAAUCCACGUCCUGUUGUGGAGUGGCAGCGACAUGGGCGACCAACAGGAAUGGUUCAUGACGACCCAGGAUGGAAAGCGACCCUAACCCCUUCUGGAGGAUACUUCUACAACCACCAGGAGGGGAGCCAUAUACUCAACGUGACGCAGGAGGUGACAGCGACGCAACAGGAGGACUCUGCGGUGUAUGAAUGCCGGGUGUACAACAAACUACUGACGCAGCCACUUUCUGCCAAUGUCACCCUCACCGUGCAUUAUCCCCCAGAAGAUGUGACCCUUUAUGGACCUUUGACCGUGGCACCAGGACAGGUGUUUUCAGUCAUCUGCAUUACUUCCCCUGCCAAUCCACCCGCUGAAAUUAAUUGGAUGAUUCAAGGGAUCCAGACGAACUCAGUGCCUAUCAAGGUGACGGAAGACAUGGAAGGCGGCUGGGUGACAUCUUCCGAACUGACCUCCGAUUACAUGUCACUAGUGAACAUGAGUGAGGUCGCGCUUGCCUGUCGAUCCCAUAAUCCAGCUUCCGACUGGGUGGUGAGCGAAAGCAGAGUCAUCACUCUAACAAAACCACCUGGACGACCUCUGCUGACGCUGGAGGAGACCGACGGCUUCGAUAACCCUGGCCUUGCGUUUGAAGAGGCGAGCAGAGAUGAGGGGAUGGGGAAAGAAGAGGACGAAAAGGAAGAAGAGCAGGAUGCGGUCAAGGAAGGGCCUGAAAGCAUGUUGGUGAUGAGGGCAGUGGCAGGUCGGGCGCUGAGGGUUGAGUGUAGUAGCGAAGGAGGGAACCCGGCGCCAGACAUCACGUUGUAUAUGAACCGAGAAAAGAUUUUUGCCAACCUCACACAAACUGGGAAGAUCACGAAAGCUCAGUCACAGAUUGAAGUGAAAUCGACCGACAAAGAUUCGGAGGUUGUGUGCGAGGUUGCUAACCCCGCCACGACAACGCCGCUCAGAGCUCGCAUUACACUUGUAGUGCUGUUCCCACCUUUGGAGGCACACGGCUGGGUGACCCCCGACACGGUGGAGGAGGGGUCAAAGGUCAUCCUCGUAUGCCAAACUUCUUUGUCCUUUCCGGCCUCAAACAUAACAUGGCAUUCGAAGGGCGAUGAGAUUGGCUCUGGUCUUGUCGUUCGGUCUCAGGCUGCUAAUGGAGGCACUGUUACACGGUACGAUAGUCAUAUGGUCUAA